AUGUUUAGGCGAGGGUUUCACUCCAGUGUUAAGGCUGCUGAGAGAACCAGAGUGUGGAGCGAUUUCAGUAACAGGUCUAAGUCUCUUGGUAUCAACAAUGUGCUGGUGAAGAAGAAUGUAUUGGAAGGCUCUAGUGCUGUUAAAGGCGGUCCCGUUACCAUUGGCAGAAAAUCUAACAGACUCAAGUACAAUUCCCCCGAGCACAUCGACGAAGCAUUUGCGGUUAGUUACAAGUAUUUGGAGGACCAUGCCAGUAAACUAUAUGAGAAAGCUAAAGGACAGGAGAAUGAGCUUGAACGUGAAAAGUUGAUUGCGAAGGCAGAAUCCGGUAAUCCUGAAGUAUUGUACAACUUUCAAUACCACGAGAAGAUUGAGAACGAUCCUCGAAUCAUUGAUUACACGCAACCAGUUUAUAGACACUUGGGUAGGAAGCACUGGGAGUCCUAUAGUCAGAUGUUAUUGAUGCAAAGAUUGGAAAGUUUGCAGGUUAUUCCGGACACAAUGCCUACACUUGUUCCCAAGGCAGAAGUCAACAUCAGAUUUCCAUACUCCACUGGUGUGAACAAAUGGGUUGAACCGGGUGAGUUUCUAUCUUCGAAUGUGACAUCUUUACCACCAGCGGUUAAGAUCCAAGAAUACGAUCUUGUUGACCCAAGCAAGCAACUAUACUCUGUGCUGAUUGUGAAUCCCGAUGAGCCAGAUGUUGAAAAUGACACAUUCAAGACUACGCUAGCAUUUGGCCUUGUAAAUAUUAAGAUUGACUAUAACGACAACGUUGUAGAUCCUAGAAGAUACACAGAUGAGAACGUUCUUGCCGAGUACGUGCCACCUGUGCCGGAGAAGAAUGUCCCAGCUCAAAGGUACAGUGUCUGGGUCUUCAGACAAACUGAACCAAUUGCCAAGGGCGAUGUUGUUAGGGAUAACUUUAACAUCAGAGACUUUGCGUCAAAGAACAACAUGGAAGCUAUUGGUGCGCAUGUAUGGAGAAGUGAAUGGGAUCUAAACGUCUCUAAAGUGAGAGAGAUGUACAAUAUGCCAACAGGAAGAGUCUUCAGCAGAGUCAGAAGGUAA